CAUGACGUCACUCACUUCCGAGUUGCUACCUCUCGUUACAAAUGCGCCGCCGCCCGCUCCGGCCGCGCCGCCGCAAUCCCACCCGUCUCCUGCCGCACGGCGUUCGCGGUCGGGAGCAUGGGCACUUCGCGGGCUCCUCGCUUGCUGCGGACUUCUAGAACCGAACCACCGCUCCCCUCUCUCUCAGGAGUAGGGCCGGGUUAACAGCAGCGCAGCCGGGUUAACCGCCCCCUCUAUUGAUUCCGCGGCUUGGCUUGGCUUGGCCUGGCCGAUUGAGAGGUUGUGUAUCCUGAUGAGCGUUGGGGAUUCGUAGAAAAUGGAUUUGCGGAGCGAAUGUUUGAGGGGUUUGUAGGUUGGGCUCAUCUUCAUAUUGUGGUGGAGACUGGAUAGGAUUUGGUGAUCUAGGAAUGUAUGCACUUUCUUGUGAAUUCCUGUGUACAUUGCAGCAUCUGGGAAUGUGUGUACUAAUACCAUUUCACCUUUUUGUAUCCUCUUUGUUUGUGGCUCUAGUUGGUUUCUUCUCUAGCCUACCCAAUUUGUUUGGGACAAAAAGGCUUUUUUUUUUAUUGUUGUUUGUUGAUAAGCAGGAGAUGCAUGUGCUUAGUUUUCGGCAAGGCAGUUGGAAAAUCCUACCCUUUCUCAACUAAUGCUACCGUUUUUGUCUAUUAGCAAUUUUAUUUUGAUUCAAGGUAUCCUAACUUUUUUAGUUAGAAGCUGCAAUGUUUUCACUAGAGGCAGAAGACAAAUGGUCGCAAUGCUGUGCAGGAAACCUGAAGUAGAGUUAUAUGUCAAAACCUUGAUUAGCAGUCGCAGCACACCCAGGAUUAGUAGGAACUGCAACCAAAACUCAUGGGCACUUGGGUGCCAGCCCGGCUGGGCUUGCGCGACACUGGAUGAUGAGUCAUCUGAUCAAUUGAUUCCAUCCAGAGCAGUGAACUGCAGACCAUGUUGUCCAGGUUUCUUCUGCCCUCGUGGCCUGACCUGCAUGAUGCCAUGUCCUUUGGGUGCUUAUUGUCCUCUUGGGUCAGUGAAUGAAACUACCGGCCUUUGUGAUCCGUACUUUUACCAAAUAACUCCAGGAUUGAAUCAUACAUGUGGCACUGCUGAUUCUUGGGCUGAUGUGGUUACAACUAAUGAUGUCUUUUGCCCUCCGGGGCACUACUGUCCAACCACAACCCAGAAAUACAACUGUAGCAAGGGGUACUAUUGCCGUAAAGGUUCCACCGAUGAAAAUAAGUGUCGUUGGAAAAAUAUGUGUCAGGGGGAUAAUUCAAUUAAAGAAGAUAUUGGUUUAUAUGGCGGUGCUUUAAUUGUUGUUUUGUGCUUCAUUUUACUGCUGGUGUACAACUGCUCUGGUCUAUUCAUUGCAAUUCAAGUUAAAAUGUCGUCUAGAUCUCGUAAAAAGGCUGCAAAAAUUGCACACAAAUCAGCAGCAGCACGUGAAAGAUGGAAAUUAGCUAAAGAACUUGCAUUAAGGCAUGAGGUAGCAAUGCCAGAGUCUUUCAGUUCACCUGAGCAAUCAGCUACGUCAUCUAAUGGAGCACUACAUGCUGCUGAAGCUAAUGCUAACGGGUCAAAAAAUCGCAAAAAUAAUCAGACUGAUAACGAUAGAGUUAUGCAGCUAGACAUCGAUAAAUUAACAUUCUCUGGAGUGGUGUCUCUAGCUACUGAAAAUAGACCACGAAGACGAAGGCCAAUGAUUGAGGUGGUUUUCAGAGGUCUAACACUAUCAAUUGGAAAAAAGAAACUUCUGCAAUGUGUUACAGGAAAGCUUUCACCAGGUAGGGUAACAGCUAUCAUGGGCCCUUCGGGAGCAGGAAAGACUACUUUCCUCAAUGCUGUUUUAGGUAAAACAUCAGGGUAUAAGAAGGAUGGGAUAGUCCUUAUAAAUGGAAAACCUGGUUCGAUGCAGUCAUAUAAGAAGAUCACCGGGUUUGUGCCACAAGAUGAUAUCGUCCAUGGAAACCUGACUGUUGAGGAAAAUCUGUGGUUUAGUGCAUGUUGCAGGUUAAGCAAAGGCAUGUCAAGAUCUGAUAAGGUUCGAGUUCUUGAAUGGGUUAUUGGAUCAUUAAGGCUUCAAGAAAUCAGAAAUUCCCUUGUUGGGACAGUGGAGAUGCGGGGCAUUUCCGGAGGACAAAGGAAGCGUGUAAAUGUUGGGAUUGAAAUGGUUAUGGAACCAUCCCUUCUGAUAUUAGACGAGCCAACUACAGGCUUAGACAGUGCUUCCUCUCAGCUACUUCUAAGAGCUCUUCGACAAGAAGCACUCCAAGGAGUAAACGUUUGUGCAGUGGUUCACCAACCAAGCUAUACUUUGUUCAACAUGUUUGACGACUUUGUCCUUUUGGCAAGAGGUGGCCUUAUUGUAUAUCAUGGGCCUGUAAGUGAGGCUGAAAUGUACUUCGCAGGCCUGGAGGUCAAGGUGCCUGACCGAGAGAAUCCUCCAGACUAUUUCAUUGACAUCUUAGAGGGAAUAGUAAAGACAAAAAUGAGGGAAAAUGUCACUCCUAAACACUUGCCACUUCUUUGGAUGUUGCAUAAUGGAUAUGAAGUUCCAGAUGAUUUGCAGGACCUUGAGAAUAUCAAUACAAUUCGUGAGUUAUAUGCUGUUCGAUCCAUUUCUAGUGAAGAGUCAUUGGCAGAACAGUCAGUGAAUACAGACUAUGUGCACCAGAAUGUGAGGCAAUCAAAUAAAUUACUGGAUAGGAAAACACCUGGUGUAUUUGCACAAUAUGGAUACUAUUUAGGGAGGGUAGCAAAGCAACGGCUGCGUGAAGCUUCACAACAGGCUGUUGAUUACCUAAUAUUGUGUAUUGCUGGCAUAUGCAUUGGAACAAUUGCUAAAGUUCGAGAUGAUUCAUUUGGUGUAACUUCUUAUGGAUAUGCCAUAAUGGCAGUUUCACUGUUAUGCCAGCUUGCAGCAUUACGGUCAUUUUCACCAGAAAAAUUGCAAUAUCGGAGGGAGAGAGAAUCUGGGAUGAGCUCUCUAGCUUACUUUCUUGCAAGAGAUACACUUGAUCAUUUCAAUACCGCCAUUAAGCCAAUUAUCUUCCUCUCGACAUUUUAUUUCUUCAACAACCCACGAUCAACUUUUAAAGAUAAUUGUUUGGUUUUGCUGGCAUUAAUUUAUUGUGUAACUGGCAUCGGUUACACUUUUGCUAUUUGGUUUGAGCUUGGAUUAGCUCAGUUGUGUUCUGCAUUAAUACCUGUAGUGCUGGUCCUGGUGGGUACUAAACCAGAGCUUCCACGGGUUGUAAAGGAACUGUGCUAUCCCAAAUGGGCACUAGAAGCUUUCAUUAUUGCAGGAGCAAAAGAGUAUUCAGGCGUGUGGCUGAUUACUCGAUGUGGAGCAUUGCUCAAAGGCGGCUAUGAUAUCAACAAUUUUGGUCAUUGCAUCACCAUUAUAAUGCUUUAUGGUGUACUCUUCCGAUUUGUUGCGCUGUUUAGUCUGCGUAAGCUGAAAUAGACGUCUUAUCAUCUGGUCGACUACAGAGCUAAAGACAAGGACUGUUCUGUUGAGCAUUCAAGAUUCAAGAAUAUAGGAAUGCUGUCGAAUUUGUAUAUAAGAAGACUAGAGAGCUAAAGACAAGGACUGUUCUGUCGAGCAUUCAAGAUUCAAGAACAUAGGAAUGCUGUCGAAUUUGUAUAUAAGAAGACUACAUCAUAUAUAGGAACUCUGGAUUCAGAAGUAUGAGUACAGGCUGCACAGAAAAACUGAUAUGUAUAGAUUUAGAACUACCGUUCUUGUCCAUAAACCCGUUAGAAUGGUAUGUCGAACAUUUUUUUUGAAUGCAUGUAUGUUACAUUGAAAUUUAGCAUUGUAUAUCAAGCGGCUUCCCCACAA